AUGACUACCGAACGCUCUCAGCUCACCUCAAGGGUUAUUCCCGCAAUCACCCUCGGCGACGGUGCGCCUGGCACUCUGUCAGGGCCGCCUCCACCCCUCGCGCAGAAAGAUGCCCGGGCUAGGGCCCUGGAGCGAUUCUCGGUCGCCGAUAAUGCUAUCGUGACAGGAGGCACUGGCGAUCUCGGGUUCGCGGCAUGCCGCGCUCUUCUUGAGCACGGCGCCAGCGGGCUUGCGAUGUUCGAUCUCGACGAGGCGGAGGGGCUAUCUAAAGUCCGUCUCCUCCAGGAGAGCUUUCCUGAAGCCAAAAUUGAAUUCAUGAAAGUCAACGUCACUGACGCGGCGAGGGUCAAUGAGGCCGUUCAGGAGACGGCCAAAAAGCUCGGCUCUGUCGACGUGCUCGUGUGCUUUGCGGGAGUUGUCAGCACUGUGCACGCGAUAGACAUGACGCCUGAACAGUUCCGGGUCAUCGUGGACAUCAAUUUGACAGGUUCAUUCCUAUGUGCCCAGGCGGCUGCACGAGUGAUGAUUGAACAAAAGAAGAGAGGGAGUAUUAUAAUGACUGCCUCAAUUUCCGCUCAUCGGCCAAAUUAUCCCCAGCCGCAGGUCAGCUACAAUGUCUCGAAAGCUGGAGUUCUAGCCUUGAAGGAUUCGUUGGCUGCUGAGUGGGGAGUCCACGGGAUCAGAGUGAACACAAUCUCCCCAGGGUAUAUGAACACCAUCCUCAAUGAGGGAUCGAUGCUGGACUGGCAUAAGACGGAAUGGUUCCAUAAACAUCCGAUGGGACGCAUGGGUGAGCCUGAAGAACUCAUGGGAGCGGUGGUUAUGCUGGCCAGUAGAUCUAGCACAUACAUAACUGGAGAAGAUAUUAGAAUUGACGGAGGACAGAAUCUUAUGAUGUAA